CGGGACGAGACGGGUCCUUCCGGGUGUCAAUUUCGUGGCGGGAAUAAACGCUCGGAUGUUCCGGUAGAGAUCAGACUUAUGGCCUCUGCAAUGGAGCAGCCGGAGGCUGCGGCCGGGGUUGAGGACUGCGGAGCGGUGAGGGGUGCGCCCCAGGCCGCGGAGGACAACAUCGAGGACCGCAUCCGCCUGCUGCUCAGGCUGAGGGCACAAACUAAACAACAACUCUUAGAAUACAAGUCGAUGAUUGAUGCAAAUGAAGACAAAACUCCAGAACAGAUCAUGCAAGAAAAACAAAUGGAAUUUAAAAUUGAAGACCUGGAAAAUGAAAUUGAAGAUGUAAAAAGUAAUUUUGAAAUAAAAAAUCUUGCGCUAAACAGGAUGAAACUUUCAGCUGCACUUAAAAAUAACAUGGAAAAGGUGGGCGUUGAGAGUAGUGUGCUCACUGAUGACAUGAAGCACAUAUUAAAGCUACAGAAGUUGAUAAUGAAGUCACAGGAGGAGUCUUCAGAAUUAGAGGAAAAGCUGCUUGAUGUUAGGAAGAAGAGACUUCAAUUAAAACAAACUUCAAGAAGCAAGCUUUUAGAAAUACAAACUGAGAAGAGCAAACAGAAAGAGGAGUUGGACAACAUGGAAAAUUCGGAAAUGAUAAAGACCAUGCAAAAGAAGCUACAGACGGAGAUAAAGAUUACCACAGUUAUUCAACAUGUGUUCCAGGGCCUUAUUUUGGGGAGUAAAAUCAACUGGGCAGAGGAUCCUGCCCUCAGGGAAAUUGUGUUGCAGCUGGAGAAGAAUCUCACCAACAUCUAAUAAGAAUCCUGCUUUGACAUUU